ACAAGCAUCUCCCGUCAAUGAAGUAGAUUGGCUAGUAGGAUUAUAAACAUGCAUUUAACCUUUUUGUUUCUGAGCGCCCUAUUUUUAGGCAAUUGCAAAGGGGUGUCCAUAUCGAAAGAAGCUGGUAUUCAACUGCUUGAUGGCGUGACCCCUUCACCAAGGCACUGUGCUGAUCUAUUCCUACAUGUAGAGGAAUCCGGCCAAUUUGUUGAAUUCGAAAUGACUGGUUGCACCACGGAGCCGUGUGAAAUGCUUGAGGGUCAGUCGUACACGGUCUCGACAACUUUUAUCCCCGGAAUCGCAACAAAUGGCAUCACCUACCACUUGGUAUAUCAAUACGCUAUUGGCAACGUAAUACCAUUUCCAGAAUUCACUCUCCCAACCAGAAUGGAUCCUGGAGUUCAAUACAAACUUACUCGAGAUAUCACUGUUGGGCAAGUUUCGAGAAAUACGACUGGGCUCUUGUGGGUGCACUUGUGACACAAUGAUGACAAUAAUAGACCCGUACACCACGUAAGCCGGUGCGUUUACAGUGCAGCGUAUAAUAUUACUUCUAUGCAGAUAUGAAGUCAUUUUUCUGUUCAAAAGUUCUUGAUGUAAACUUCGAAUAAAAAUAUGGCUGGUAUACAAAAA